GCGGCGCGGCGGUCGCGCGAGAGCCGAUCAGAGCUACACACAAUUCGCAGUCAUGGACGAUGAGAACGUGUCAGCUUUGCAACAGGUGACAAAAGGAGGCGCGCUCACUCUGGUUUCUCUAUGGAAGUCGCAGUUCGACGAUUCGGAGGAAACCACAGACAAUGAAUGGAAGCAAGAACAAUUACAGUCGCCAGAACACCGCUGCGGGCGCGGCCAAAGCGCUGUAUCCAGCUGUUCUAACGCUGCGCGCACGCAAUUAGGAAGGACUCACUCUACUACGCAGCAUCAGACGCAGUUGACACAACCGGUGGCGAACCCUGCACCGCCCAGCGCACCACAGGUGUCCCCCCUCCAAGCUACCACAGCGGAGCCGCCGCCCGCCCGGCCCAGCGAGCCCGCCCGCGCGGCCCGCUGCUUGAACAUCCCUGGAAUUGAAGCCUAUCCCGCGCUUCAACCUGCCCUGCCUAGGGCCUGGACGCUGCCGGCUAUUGGUUCCCACGUGCGCUCUCUCCGCGCGCCGUUGCUACAACAAGCGUCGUUCGACGGGCCGUGGGCGGGCGGCGGCGUGCGCUACAAGCUGGACGUCAUGCGGGGCGUGGCCUCGCGGCACCGCGCGCCCAGCCCGCCGCCCGCCCAGCACGCCAGGAGCGCGCCGGUCAGUGGAGUAUAAGCUAGUAGUUAGUAAUUUCAGCGGAGUACAGUAUAGGCCGGUUGGUGUAUUGGUGCGGACGGCGCUCGCCAUGCAAGGAACCAUGGUUCAAAUCUCAGGGUCACAAAAAUUUGUGGAAUUUUAAAAAUUGUC